AUGGCAAUAAUGUCUGCUGGUAAAAGGAUGCUACCAACUGUGGCGUGUAUGGUGGCUGUUGCCUUGGUUCUUGUGGUGGAUGUGGUGGCGUCUGAAGAGAGUAGCUAUGGACAGACAUACCAGGGUCAGGAGGCCAGUCCAGUCACAUUCCCAGACGCAGAAGGCAGCGGGUUCCAGGGUGCGAUACUCAACAAAGGGGACAUCAAACGAGAAAUGAUUCGACAGCUCCUCAUUCUACAAGAAGCUGAAGAAACUAUACGUAAUAAAAUACGUGAACUCCAAGCAGAGAAAAGGGCUAUGUCCAACCGGAAGCGCAGCCAUUACAACAGCAUGUGCAUGUUUAAUGUCGUGGCUUGCUACCGGAAGUGA